AUUAGCGCAACAACCUGUGAAGCUUCUCCUCAACAACGCUUCGUCUCCCUCCUCUCCUUCUUCGAUUCAGAUCCAAGAAACCCUAACCCUAACUCUUGAAGCUCUCCAGAGCUCAUCCAUGGCGCUCAAUCUCCGGCAAAAGCAAACCAGCUGCGUGAUCCGCAUGCUCAAUAUCAACCAAGCCCCGGCACCAAUCUCCGCUACAACUCCGGCCGCCGGCGCUGGCGAGGAGGUCUACAAGAUCCUCAUCCUCGAUCCCUUCUGCCGUGAUCUCCUCUCACCAUUGAUCCACGUCAAGGACCUGCGCAAGCAUGGCGUCACCCUCUAUUUCCUCAUCGACAAGGAUCGCCAACCCGUUCCCGACGUCCCCGCGGUCUACUUCGUCCGCCCCACGCCCUCCAACCUCCAGCGCUUCGCCGCCGACGUAUCUCGCCAUCUCUAUGACUCCUUCCACCUCAACCUGUCCUCCUCCCUCCCUCGCCCUCUCCUCGAGGAGCUGGCUGCCUCCCUCCUCCGCUCCGACUCCGUCCCCCGCGUCUCCCGGAUCUACGAUCAGUACCUUGAUUUCAUCUCCCUUGAGGAUUCCCUCUUCUCCCUCGCUCACCGCGAUGCUUACAUUCAGCUCAACGAUCCCUCGGCUGGGGAUCAUGAGAUCGAGGAGAUCAUCGACCGCGUUGCCAGUGGUCUCUUCUGUGUUCUUGUUACUCUGGGUGUCGUUCCGAUCAUUCGCUGCGCACGCGGUGGACCUGCGGAGAUGGUGGCUUCGGCUCUUGAUUCCCGUCUUCGUGAUCAUCUGGUCACUAAGAACAAUCUCUUCUCUGAAUCCAGCGGGCUUGUUAGCUCUUUCCAGCGCCCAGUUCUGUGCAUUUUCGAUCGGAAUUUUGAACUUGCUGUAGGGAUUCAGCAUGAUUGGAGCUACCGCCCACUUGUGCAUGAUGUGCUUGGAUUGAAGCUAAAUAGAGUCAAUGUUCAGGGUGAGAAACCAGGUGGCAUGAAGUCUUUUGAACUGGAUGGUUCUGAUCCCUUCUGGUUUGCUAAUAGCUGGGCGCCAUUCCCUAAGGUUGCCGAGGAGAUUGAGACUCAAUUGAGCAAGUACAAGCAGGAUGUAGAUGAGGUGAACCGCCGGACUGGUGGCACUGAUGGGGUUGAUUUUGAUGGCACUGAUCUGAUAGGUAAUACUAAGCAUUUGAUGAAUGCUGUGAAUUCGCUGCCAGAGCUCACAGAGCGGAAGAAGGUGAUCGAUAAGCAUACCAACAUUGCUACGGUGUUGUUGGGUGAGAUCAAAGAGCGGUCUUUGGAUAGUUAUUGCAAUCUUGAGGAUGAUUUGUUGACCAAGGGAAGUGCGGAUAGGAAUGCAUUAUUUGGUCUUCUCACAGGUAAGGGCACAAAGAUGGAUAAGCUCCGGCUUGCAAUAACAUACCUCCUUUCGAUGGAAGCAACUCCACAAUCGGAAUUGGAAGCUGUUGAAUCGGCAUUGAGGGAAUCGGAGGUUGAUACAUGUGCUUUCCUGUAUGUGAAAAAAAUUAAGUCUUUGAAUUCAUCACUGGCUUCUUCAGCAAGCUCUGCUAGCAAGAGCAAUAUUGUGGACUGGGCGGAGAAGCUCUAUGGGCAGUCUAUUAGUGCUGUGACGGCUGGGAUGAAGAAUCUAUUAUCAGGAGGGAGGCAGCUAGCAUUGACUAGGACAGUGGAGGUCUUGAUGGAAGGGAAACCUAACCCAGAAGUGGAUUCCUAUCUUAUGUUUGAUCCACGAGCACCAAGGUCAGGAUCUGGGGCGCAAGUGAAGGGGCCAUUUAAAGAAGCCAUUGUUUUCAUGAUAGGAGGUGGCAAUUAUGUGGAGUAUAGGAGUUUGAUGGAGUUGGCACAGCGCUCACAGCCAGUGAAGCAUGUGAUUUAUGGGACUACUGAGGUUCUCAAUGGCGUUGAGUUUGUGGAGCAGCUUACAGUGUUGGGGCAGAAGAUGGGAUUGGGAAGUACUCCUGCUGGUUCAUCCCAAUCAUAGUUGAGGAUUGAUCUUUCUUACGCUGUUUAUGUUGUUUUUAUGGUGUGGUAUGUGAUGGAUCUUUAGUUUUUCAAGAGCAUAGAAAGAAGAUAAUUGGUUCAGCCAUUGAACAGAGAUUAUAUGUUUCAGUUGCCAAAAAAACAAGAUGGUACCUACCUGCAUAUUUGAGAUAUUCGUUUUACUGACAGGAGGGAAUAUUGGUAGGGUUGACAGUUGCUAUGUGUUAUGCAUUUGUUCAAUUUAGUGGUUUAAAAUUUUGAUAAUUUUGGUACUUGUUGAGUAAGUUUCAUUGCAGUGUCAAAUUUUCUUCUAAUCAUAUUGUCUCAUGUUUGGCCAAUUCAAGUAACAUCAGACUAUAUAGAAGAUUGUUUUUGCGUAUCUUUCUGCAUGUUUGUCCAGUAUCAGCUGUCAUCAUCUUUGCUGUGUUAUGUCAAUGAUAUGCAAGCACAAUAUGCACUUGGAUCGAGCCUGAUCCAGCGUUGAUCACACGGACCCAAUCAUCGAUUUUAACGGUUUUGAUUCAAGACCAGAUUCAUUGGGGGACUGCAACAGUAGCAGCGGAUGAACAGUGAAAGGAAGCUGUUAAAGGAAGCUAAAGAAGGUGAUAUCAGUGAUUGGCUUGUUGUUGAGGAACUAUUUUUGUUUCCUUCGAGUUAAUGUUGCUCAAGAAUCUGGAAUUUUUAAUUAAUUUGAGCUGUUACUUGAUGUUUAUGAUCUACUUGAGGUUUUUUUUAUAAAUGUUUUCUUUGUGAUUUCUUUGGUUUGGUGUAAAGGGAGGCCAGAGUCAUAAGAAUUUCUUGUUUUAUUUUAUUUAUUUAUUUAUUUUGAUUUGGUGUAAAUCAGGCACAACACAAUUGAUGCAGCUAGGCUUAUAAUGGCUUAUUUUCUCUUUUCUUUGGACUGAUUACCCCUUUUAUAGAUGGUGGUAUCUCCUUUUGUCAACUAUAGCUUGCAUACAUUGUUGUUAGUUUAUGUGUGGAAUCACACUGAUAUGUUAAUCUAGUUGUUAACUUGUUUUUUUCAUUUUUGGCAUCAUAACUUUGUAUACUGUGCUCUUGAAAGUAUUAUGUUUUUUCGAUGAAUUACGGACACAUUCAUUUUCAUAUUUACUUGUUAAAGUUGAAGGAAACUCAUCUCAUUUUUCUAACAGAAUUCAUUAUCAUUUAUCAACAGUGGUUUCAGCACUUGCUCGCUCCAUUAGGCUCAAACUUACAAUAUCCAGGAUGAGCUUCAUACUCUGUUAUAUUCUUGGCUUGUUCUGUACACAGGUUGUGUUGCAAAAGGAUCAGGUGUAUGCAUAGGAGACUCAAUGGCCAAUGGCGACAUGAACCAUAGAAGGAGUUCGCGCCAGAUUCAAGGGAGAAAGCACAGCAAGUACAAGGAUUACAUUAUGAAUUGAAUUACAGUGUUGUCCUUGAUGAAUGGUUGUAAUUAAGAGAAUUAAAACAAUUAGCAAGGUUGUGAUACAUGUUCUCUAUGUUCUGGCACGGCAAGUGUUUGUUAAAAUGCCAGCUAGUGAUUUGUUAGGAGUUUGUUACAAGGCUGUACGGAGAGGUUAUAAGAAAGGGGAAAUGAAUGAAAGAAGGGCAUCUUUAGCCUGGAAUUUUCCUA